ACCUGUUGACAACACCUUUGCGAUGGAUGGGUAACAUUUCUAUUUUUGCACAGUAUUUGACCUGGUCUGGACUUGCUGCGGACUUGCAGCAGCUGCAUGGUCUUCAGGUGUCCAAACUUAGUAUGUCGGAGUUAUCUCAUGACGAGCGAGAGUUGGUGCUACAGGUCAAGACAUGGUUCACCUGCACCGAAAUGGAGGCUUUGGUGCAGACUGCUGUUCAAUUUGCCGAUGCCAACUGUGCAAUUUUCGAGCCCGAACUGGGUGAACACAAAUUAGUGUAUACCCAGUUACACAACGAGUUCAAACAGCUGUUUGAGGACAGACUAAACUCUUUUUUGGCAAGCAUUGGUGCAACACCUGAGGCCUUUUACGCCGCCUUUGAAAAAGCCGGACAUGAAGGAGAGGUGCAAACUAUGGCAGAGCUGAUGUACACCUGCUUGGAGUACGAGUUCUUCUGCCAGAUCAUGUGCGAGAGGAAGCGAGAGCUGGAAGCGCAGCACGCGACAGGUGUGCUUCCGCAGCCACAUGCGCCGGGCAUUUCAGGGUAUGGAGGUCACAAAGAUGGCUAUUCUGGUCCUGGGGCACCCUCGGCGGCGUGAGUAGA